AUGGGUAUCUCAAAAUUUAACCCGUUCAAGAAGGACCGCCAGAACUAUCCGGGCAUUGUGAUCCCGCUAGCUGACGCACCAGCACAUCACUGCUCUGGCGGCAGCGACGUCGACGAAAAGAAAGGCAGCGUUGACGACAAGAGCCUUGACCGUGCUUCCUCCUCGGAGAACGGCGCGGCCUCUGGGUCUCAGCCCGAAACUAGCCAUUUGACCAUCGAAGCUCUCCGCGCGGAGGUCGAGGCAGAUAUCACUACUGCCGGCCAUGACUCUGCGUAUGAUCGCAAAGCAAAAGUGAUCAACAGGGCCAUCCAGGAUAUUGGCAUGGGCCGGUACCAGUGGGAACUGUUUGCCCUUUGUGGCUGCGGUUGGAUGGCGGACAACCUCUGGCUUCAGGGUGUUGCCCUUACCUUGACCCAACUGUCGCUGGAGUUCGACGUGGAUGACUCAACAGUGCGCUUUACGACCUGCGCCUUGUUCUUGGGCCUGUGUAUCGGUGCUUCGUUCUGGGGUGUUGCCUCCGAUAUUAUUGGCCGGCGCUACGCCUUCAAUAUCACCUUGUUCCUUGCUGGCACUUUCGGUCUGGCCUCGGGCGGUGGUCCCAACUGGAUUGGAACUUGUGCUCUAUUCUCCUGUGUCGGUCUCGGUGUGGGUGGCAACCUGCCUGUUGACGGCGCUCUCUUCCUGGAGUUCCUACCCUGUGCCUCCGGAAACAUGUUGACUAUGCUGAGUGUUUGGUGGCCCGUUGGCCAGCUGAUUUCCAGUCUGCUCGCUUGGGCUUACAUCCCAACUUACACCUGCACUGGCAGCGGCCCCUGCCUCAAGGAGGAUAACAUGGGCUGGCGCUAUCUGGUGCUCACUCUGGGUGCCAUCACUUUCCUCAUGUUCACUGCGCGCUUCUUUUUCUUCCACCUGUACGAGUCGCCCAAAUUCCUGCUGUCCCGCGGCCGCCAGGAGGAAGCCGUUGCAUCUGUUCACGGCAUUGCGUACAAGAACAAGUCCAAGACAUGGCUGACCAGCGAGAUCCUCAACGAGAUCGGCGGCUACCCCGACGAGAAGGAAAAGGAACAGCACAAGCUCACCAACUCCCAGAUCGUCCAGCGCUUCUUCUCCAAGUUCUCUCUAGAGCGCAUCCGCCCUCUCUUUGCCACCAAACGACUGGGUUGCACCACUAUUCUGCUCUGGUUCUGCUGGGCCACCAUUGGUAUGGGCUACCCGCUUUUCAACGCCUUCCUGCCUCAGUACCUGAAGAACAACGGCUCCGGAGACACCACGACCUACACCGAGUACCGGAACUACGCUAUCACCUCGAUCGUGGGCGUACCGGGCUCGAUUCUGGCCUGCUACACAGUCGAUAUCAAGUACGUUGGCCGCAAGGGUACGAUGGCCAUUUCGACUCUGAUCACUGGCGUGCUGCUGUUCUGCUUUACCGCGUCCUCGAAUUCCAAUGUCCAGCUCGCCUGCAGCUGUAUUGAGAUGUUCUUCCAGAACAUAAUGUACGGUGUCCUCUACGCCUACACCCCUGAAGUCUUCCCGGCCCCAAACCGCGGUACCGGCACCGGUAUUGCCAGCUGCUUGAACCGCAUUGCAGGUCUCUGCGCUCCAAUCGUCGCCAUCUACGCUGGGUCGGGCAACCCCAACUCUCCCAUCUACGCCUCGGGCGCGCUGAUGCUUGCGGCUUUUGUGGCCAUGUGUCUCCUCCCCAUCGAGACCCGCGGCAAGCAAACUCUAUAA